UGGGCUUUGAGAACCUUGGGGGGUGCGGAGAGCCCUAAGAGAGCCCUGGGGUCGCGUCCUCUCAUGCUGCUCUGUUUAUGCUCUCAGAAGCCGGCAAUGACCGCCCGCGCCCUCCUCGCGGGUGGGCUUCGGGACCCUGGGCUCUGCGCCCCCACGCGGGAGGCUCCGUCUCAGCCCGGCCUUCCCGGGACGCCGUCCCGGCCCCGGCCUCUGCUGCGCCCCCUGCUGCUGCUGCCGCUGCUGCUCCUGCCGCGCCCCGCCCUCUCCGCUGUGUUCACAGUUGGGGUGCUGGGCCCCUGGGCCUGCGACCCCAUCUUCGCCCGUGCCCGCCCGGACCUGGCCGCCCGCCUGGCCGCCGCCCGCCUGAACCACGAAGCUGCCCUGGAGGACGGCCCCCGCUUCGAGGUCGCGCUGCUGCCCGAGCCGUGCCGGACGCCGGGCUCGCUGGGGGCGGUAUCCUCCGCGCUCACCCGCGUCUCAGGCCUCGUGGGGCCGGUGAACCCCGCAGCCUGCCGGCCGGCGGAGCUACUAGCUCAAGAGGCGGGGAUCGCCCUGGUUCCCUGGGGCUGCCCCGGAAUGCGGGCGGCGGGCACCACGGCUCCCGCGGUGACGCCCGCGGCGGAUGCGCUCUACGCCCUCCUGCGCGCGUUCCGCUGGGCGCACGUGGCCGUGGUCACCGCUCCCCAGGACCUGUGGGUGGAGGCGGGACGCGCACUUUCCACGGCGCUCAGGGCCCGGGGUCUGCCCGUUGCCCUGGUGACCUCUAUGGAGCCCUCGGACCUGUCUGGAGCCCGGGAGGCCCUGAGGAGGGUCCAAGGUGGACCCAGAGUCAGAGCAGUGAUCAUGGUGAUGCACUCGGUCCUGCUGGGCGGUGAGGAGCAGCGCUGCCUGCUGGAGGCUGCAGAGGAGCUGGGCUUGGCUGAUGGGUCCCUGGUCUUCCUGCCCUUCGACACGCUGCACUACGCCUUGUCUCCAGGCCCGGACGCCUUGGCCGUGCUCGCCAACAGCUCACAGCUUCGCAAGGCCCACGAUGCGGUGCUCACCCUCACGCGUCACUGUCCCCCGGGAGGCAGCGUGCUGGACAGUCUGCGCAGGGCCCAAGAGCAUCAGGAGCUGCCCCCUGACCUCAAUCUGCAGCAGGUAUCCCCUCUCUUCGGCACCAUCUAUGACUCGGUCUUCUUGUUGGCCGGGGGCGUGGCACGAGCACGGGCAGCUGCAGGUGGCGGCUGGGUGUCCGGAGCAGCCGUGGCCCGCCACGUCCGGGAUGCCCAGGUCCCCGGCUUCUGUGGGGCCCUGGGAGGAGCCGAGGAGCCCUCCUUUGUGCUGCUGGACACGGAUGCAGCCGGGGACCGGCUGUUCACCACAUACGUGCUGAACCCCACCCAGGGCUUCUUCCGCUCCGCCGGAACCCCGGUGCAUUUUCCUAGAGGGGGACGGGGGCCUGGGCCCGACCCCUCGUGUUGGUUCGACCCAGACGUCAUCUGCAACGGAGGAGUGGAGCCCGGCGUCGUCUUUCUCGGCUUCCUCCUGGUGGUUUUCAUGGGGCUGACAGGGGCCUUCCUGGCCCAUUAUUUUAGGCACCGGCUACUUCACAUCCAAAUGGUCUCCGGCCCCAACAAGAUCAUCCUGACUCUGGAUGACGUCACCUUCCUCCCCCCGCAGAGGAGCAGCUCUCGGAAGGUGGCCCAGGGGAGUCGAUGGAGUCUGGCCGCCCGCAGCUUGUCAGACGUUCGCAGCAUCCACAGCCAGAGCCCGGAUUACACCAACAUUGGCCUCUAUGAGGGAGACUGGGUUUGGCUGAAGAAAUUCCCGGGGGAACAGCACAUAGCUAUCCGCCCAGCGACCAAGAUGGCCUUCUCCAAGAUCCGGGAGCUCCGGCAUGAGAACGUGGCCCUCUACCUGGGGCUCUUCCUGGCGGGGGGAGCUGGCGGUGCCGCGGCCCCCGGGGAAGGGAUGCUGGCUGUGGUCUCAGAGCACUGUGCCCGUGGCUCCCUCCAAGACCUCCUCGCUCAGAGAGACAUAAAGCUGGACUGGAUGUUCAAGUCCUCCCUCCUACUGGACCUCAUCAAGGGAAUAAGGUAUCUGCACCAUCGAGGCGUGGCCCACGGGCGGCUGAAGUCACGGAACUGCGUGGUGGACGGGAGGUUCGUGCUUAAAGUCACCGACCACGGUCAUGGGCGACUGCUGGAAGCGCAGAGGGUGUUACCGGAGCCUCCCAGCGCGGAGGACCAGCUAUGGACAGCCCCGGAGCUGCUUCGGGACCCGGCCCUGGAGCGCCGGGGAACGCUGGCCGGCGACGUCUUCAGUCUGGGCAUCAUCAUGCAAGAGGUCGUGUGCCGCAGCGCCCCUUACGCCAUGCUGGAGCUGACUCCCGAGGAAGUGGUGAAGAGGGUACAGAGCCCCCCUCCGCUAUGUCGGCCCUCGGUGUCCAUGGACCAGGCGCCCAUGGAGUGCAUCCAGCUGAUGAAACAGUGCUGGGCAGAGCAGCCGGAACUUCGGCCCUCCAUGGACCGCACCUUCGAGCUGUUCAAGAGCAUCAACAAGGGCCGGAAGAUGAACAUCAUUGACUCGAUGCUGCGGAUGCUGGAGCAGUACUCCAGCAACCUGGAGGACCUGAUCCGGGAGCGCACGGAGGAGCUGGAGCUGGAAAAGCAGAAGACAGACCGGCUGCUCACACAGAUGCUGCCUCCGUCUGUGGCUGAGGCGCUGAAGAUGGGGACACCUGUGGAGCCCGAGUAUUUCGAGGAGGUGACACUGUACUUCAGUGACAUUGUGGGUUUCACCACCAUCUCAGCCAUGAGUGAGCCCAUCGAAGUGGUGGACCUGCUCAAUGACCUCUACACGCUCUUUGACGCCAUCAUCGGCUCCCAUGAUGUCUACAAGGUGGAGACAAUCGGGGACGCCUAUAUGGUGGCCUCAGGGCUGCCCCAACGGAACGGGCAGCGGCACGCAGCAGAGAUCGCCAACAUGGCUCUGGACAUCCUCAGUGCCGUGGGCACCUUCCGCAUGCGGCACAUGCCCGAGGUGCCCGUGCGCAUCCGCAUCGGCCUGCACUCGGGCCCGUGCGUGGCGGGCGUGGUGGGCCUCACCAUGCCGCGGUACUGCCUGUUUGGGGACACGGUCAACACCGCCUCGCGCAUGGAGUCCACCGGGCUGCCUUACCGCAUCCACGUGAACCGGAGCACCGUGGAGAUUCUCUGCGCCCUAAACGAGGGCUUCCAGACCGAGGUGCGGGGUCGCACGGAGCUGAAGGUGAGGCCGGGCUGGAAGACGCAACUCGCCACGCCCGGUUCCACUGAGACCUCGAGAUCCACCGGCCCUCACCUCAGUCCGCCUGAGUCCUUCCCUCCCCCGUGUCUCCCCAGGGCAAGGGCUGCGAGGAAACGUACUGGCUGGUGGGCAGACGCGGCUUCGACAAGCCCAUCCCCAAACCGCCUGACCUGCAACCGGGGGCCAGCAACCACGGCAUCAGCUUGCAGAGUAUCCCGCCUGAGCGGCGCCAGAAGCUGGAGAAGGCGAGGCCGGGCCAGUUUUCCGGAAAGUGAGGCUGGGCCUGGGACAAGGUACUGCCCCCUUGGCUCCCACACCCCACAGACCCCGGGGGCUACACACAUGCUUCCUGGAGGACGGGCACCUCUUCCCCAGCCUGAGGACCUAGCCCUGCCUGCCUGCAGAACGUCCCACUCAAGCCAGGUGUCCCCAUCCUUCUCUGACUUGGUGAGCCCAGGCUGGUUCCUAAACCCAGGGAUUUCCCAGCCACAGGGACCCUGGUUCGGUAGGUCUGGAGUGGGCCAGGAGUCCAGACUCGAGAAUGACUCUCCCCUACUGAGGUGAACCCCCGUGACCCCUUUCCAUGGUUUCCCUCUGAAACACUCCUCUCUCCCUCAGGAUUAUUCCAGAAGGUCCUUUUCCUGAAAGUUGCUGCUGUAGGUGACCAAAAGUCUGGCUAAUACCAGUGGCUUCCGUCCAGCUCUGCCUCAAAGGAUUCUGAGCCUUUGCAAGAGCUGGUUGCAAACCAGCUGUGUGACCCUGGGAAAGUCUCAUGCACUCUCUGGGCUUGGUUUCCCCUCCGUGGUAAAAUGAAGAGUGGCCUACCUAGGUGGUUUCCAUACCCUCCGGCCCUGACAGCUGGCCUUCAGAAUGGUUGGCCUUGGGGUACAGGGCACUGGGCACGUGGCCUCCAGCCCCAGUGACCCUGAGCCCAUCAGAAAGGCCCCAGGAAGGAGGAUCUGGGAUUGGAUGUCCCAACCCCAGAGGAGGUGGAGACCACCUAUUCCACCAGAGCAGGGGUGUCGUGUGGCCUGAGGAUUUGAGGGCUUCUCCAUCCCCCUCCUUCUUCUGUGGCAUAACCGCAUACUUUGCCCAAGUGCAGAGAAAAGCUUGUUGCAAAGCUUUGGGGAAACGAAGGUAAACAAACUCCACAAAACCUCUCCUAACCAGAACACCCAGGAAUAGUAGUAUUCUCUGUUUAACCGGGCGCCGCUGAGCAGGCAGUUGAACAGAAAAUCCUCCCAGCUUAGAUCUUUGCGACAAGUAUCAACCCCUCCCAUCCCAGUAAGUCCCCAGGUAAAGCUUCUUUUGUGGAACUCUGAUGUCCCAGAGCCUGAGCCUUGGCAUAUUGGACUCUGGGUGGCCUUCGCCAUUGCUGCAGAACCUGGCAGAAGUUAGCAGCAGCUGUAGCCAACGCAGGCUGUCACUAGGUGGUGAGCCUCCAGUCCCUGGAGAUGUGCAAGCAGAACUGGAGACCUCUUUGAGCAGGGAGAGAACGGUCAGAGGGACUUCCUAGGCGGAAGGAUGAACUAAAUCCUCACCACACAGUGUGGUAGGUAGGCCAGCAGCAGCGACAUCGCCUGGGAGCUUGUUAGCAACGCAGAAUCUCAGGCCCAGGCGUAUUGCAACAGAAUCUACACCCUAACAGAGUUCCUUCAGAGUAUUUCUAUGCACAUUAAAGUUUCUGAGUCAGAGAACGAAAGGAUCCUAGGAUCCCUAAAAUCUCAGAACUGCUAAGAUUUCAUAAAAACCAGCCUAGAAACUAGCCCUGAGACUUGUUUCGUUUGAUCAAUGAAGUGGUUUUGUUUUUGUGUUGAGCUAACAUUUAGAAAUCAAGAGAUACCACAUUGUAAACAUGGCUGCCAAAUUUCCCUCUUCUCUGAAAUCAAAGCCCCGCAGGGGCGAUUGCUGACUUCCUGCUGGAGCGAAAGAGCAACCGUCCCCGCGUCCCGUCUCUCCAGGGUUUCGCUUUUCUGUUCUCACCACGGGGAGUGGAGUGCCCACCACUCCCCGUGGACUCCGAGACACCAAGAUUUUCUGAACAUCUCUUAUGUACCUGUCCAGAGCCUGUAGACGUUAGACCUCAGGACUCUGGAGUAGCUGAUGUUAGGAUUACAGGCACUGCUGGAGAUCACUUUGCCUGGCUCGUAAAGUCCGCAAGUUCAAUGGUCUGCCCCUCCUUCCUAAAGGUAGAGGAAGAACAGACAAGAUACCUAGAAUCCAGCACUUGUAGGUUCUGGUUACUAAGGUGGUGCUGCUAUAGUGAGUAAUAUAGUAUAAUUUAAAGAACAUUUUUAACCGAGUUCAGAGAUGAUGAAUUAAAGAUUUUUUUUAAAACCCUGAUGCACACACACACAAGAUAUUUUUUAAAUUAUGUACAUUCUUAAACAUCUCUCUUCAGAUUUUCUCUGUACUUAGGCCCCAGGAAUCAAGGGCAGGCUCGGAGCUUCGGGAAAGAAUUGGCCUGGGAUUAGGUGCAGGAGGAUUAGUGUGGACAGGCUGGGGCAAGGCACCCCCAGAGGGGGAGGAGUAUGACCUGGGGCCCAAACCCAGUUUGGGGCAGAGGCGGGGCGGGCAGGGCUGAGUGGAUCCCUUCCCACCCUCAACUCAGCCUUGUUCCUGGGACUCAGUCUCAAAGGCAAGUGACAGGGGGGAGGAGCUGGUAAAGGAGAGGCCUGUCCUCCUCCCCAGCCAGGAGAACGCAGGACCACCCGCCCCAGAGAGCUGGUGGGAGAAGAGGAGGGAAACAGCUAAGCCCCAGUCUCCUUUCUGCCCUUAGUCUCCUCUCUCUGCCGGGCAGUUUCUCCUUGCCUUUCUCCUCCAUUUCCGUGGAACCUUUUCUCCUGGGCCCAGUCAGUCUCCUAGAGCCCAGCUGCCCUCAGACCCAAGUCCUCUCCACCUGGUCACCCCUCUUGUUCCGGGGACCCGGGCAAUUCCCAGCCCAGAGAGCACCCAGCUUGGCCACUAGGCACCCCUCACCCUCAGACGUGUUUACACUACCUCGGCCAGCUGGCCUGUGCCAGGAGCCCACGCUCGGGGUGGCCUUGCCUUCGGGAUGGCUCUGUCGCCAGGAGCAGCGCUGGCCGAAGCAGGGACCUCCCGCAGCUCUGCUGCUGCUUCCAUCCCAUAGCCGGGACGCCGCACCCUGACCCAGGGCUCACCUGGCCCCUUUGUCUGUGCUGCUCCUCAGGGUCGGGGCCCUGCUCCCCAUCCCCACCUGCAGUGGACCCCCGACACCCCCCUUUGGGGGACCUGUGACACUGCGUUGUGGGACCGCGUUCACCGAGAUCUGGACUGUGCGCUGUGGACACCAGGCCAUGUGCCGUGGUGCUGGGUCCUGGCAGGGUGGGGGCUGGAAUAAAGGUGUGCUUUCUUCCA